AUGAUCCAUACAAAAUGUAUUUCAAUACCACCUAUCAUCAGAGUCAGACGACAUUACCAUCCUAUAUAUCACAACUAUUUCAUUUCAGAAAACGAGUCAAAAAUUCGGGAUUGUAGCUUUUGUGAUGUUGAAGUGAACAUAGAUUAUGGGAGUUACUAUUGCUUACGCUGCAAUUUCAUUGCCCAUGUGAAAUGUGCAACAAAAUACAGAGAUCGUUACUAUAUUAUUGAAGCAAAGGACAUAGCUGGGAAACAUGAUGAUGAUUUGGGUGUUAAUCCCAUCACUUGUGUCAUCGAACAAAAUGAAGGUGGAGAAAUGACAAGAAUAAAACACUUCAGUCAUGCACAUGACCUAAUAUUAAGUGACAAUGUCAUGGAGAAUGAUAUAACUUGUGAUGGUUGCAUGUUGCUAAUUUUGGAUUCAUUUUACUGUUGUUCAUUACAGUGUAAUUUCUUUCUUCACAAAGCUUGUGCUAAAUCACCGAGGAAGAAACACCUCUGGUUUCAUGGCUGUCAAGAACUCCACAUCCUUGUCGUCGGCUACCUAUUCAAAUGUAGUAUUUGCGAAUAUGAUUGUGGCGGGUUUUCCUAUAAAUGUAAUAAAUUUAAUGUUCAUAUUUGUCUUCAAUGCUCGGUUAUUGAUUAUAGGACCAAACAUCCAGGACACCAGCACCCUAUCCUCUCUAAUCGUAAUCAGCAUGGAAGGUGUAAUGGUUGUGGUGAAACUUGGAGAAGUCAAUUUAGUUGUAAGCAUUGCCAUUUUAAUUUGGAUUUUGAUUGCUCAAGGCUACCGCUUUCAACUCGACACAAGCGCCAUGAACAUCCACCAGCACUCACUUAUCAUGAAGGUAAUGAUUAUCCAAAAUAUCAUUACUGUGACCUCUGUGAGAAAGAAAGAGAUCCAAAUCUCUGGUUUUAUCAUUGUGCAAUUUGCAAGUUUUCUGCUCAUCCCAACUGUGUCCUUGCAAUCUACCUGUUCAUCAAGCCUGGAAGCAUGUACAAAGGAAAAGACCACCCACAUCCUCUCACUUUUGUAUGGAAGCCUUAUCGUUACAUUGUAUGCGGUAAAUGCAGUGAACCCUGUGAAGCUUUGGUUCUUGAAUGUGCAGAGCCUACAUGCAAUUAUGUUGUCCACUGGAAAGAUGUGAGACCUCCUAGCUUCGGUUUUACGAGCCCGGUUGAACUUUAUAAAGCUGAAGCAGAUGCUAUCACUCAUGACGGUUGA